AUGGCAACUCGCGCACAGAAGCGUAUCAACGUUGCGGUCUCGAAAAUUGUUCCGCCCUUGAUCAUCGGGUUCAUCAUCUACGCCAGCUACGCGGUCACGAAACCAUUAUGCAUUGAUUACCUCAUUCACCCUUUACCCUCCUAUAAUCGAAGUCCCCGAGUUGGCGCUGGCGUCGUAAUCCUCGUGCUUUACUAUCUUCUCUUAAUACCCAUGGUUGGGAGUUAUCUUCGCCUCUUAUAUAAUGUUAUCUUGAACCCGGGGUAUUUGCCGCUCGGCCCCGAACGUCUACGAGAGGACAAUGCUGCCAAAAUCGAGAAGCCUCCAUCAACAUGGCGCAAAUGGAAUCGGGACCCAAGAAAAUCUCGUGAUGCAGAGAAAGCCGACCAGACUGAGGAUUUGGAACAAGGCGUGGGAAGCAAUCCUAAUCCUUCAAUUUCUGAACCUAAUUCCAUCAAGCUGGAGAGCUUUUACACCAAACAAGUCUUCAUCUGCCAGGAUGAUGGGCGGCCUCAAUAUUGUUCAAAGUGCUGCCAAUUCAAGACCGACCGAGCUCACCAUUGCCGUGAAAUUGAUCGCUGCGUGGACAAAAUGGACCAUUUCUGUCCAUGGGUCGGCGGCGUGGUGUCAGAGACAAGUUUCAAGUUUUUUGUUCAAUUCGUUGCAUACACGGCUAUUUACUGCUUAUUUGCACUUAUCGUGUCGGCAUACUUUACUGCAGAAAUCCGUCGUAAUACUGGAAGUGUGAAUCCUCAUUGGUGUGUGUGCAUUGGAUUGAGCGCCUUCUUUGGAUUCUUCACCCUCAGCAUGACCAUCAGUUCUGCUCAAAUGGCUAUGAUGAAUAUCACUACAAUCGAGAACCUUAGCCGACAUUCUCAUGUUUGGACACUAGCUAUACGAGUACCCGAUCAUUUGCUUGAGCGACUCUGGGUUAGCAAAUCGCCCUGGGCCCCUACAUACCGCAUGAUCACCUAUCCCCCAGAAGCACUCACACAACCACAACCUCCAAACGCCGACCCCUCCACACAAGAGCGCUACGUAUUUGCCAUUCUACACACCAAACCGGGCGAGAACCCCUAUGACCUAGGUAACUGGAAGAACCUACAACAAGUCAUGGGCUAUAGUCUAACGGACUGGCUACUCCCCCUGAAGCCAAGUCCCUGCACGGACCACAGCAGCCAUGAAAGCGCUUUUGCUCUAGGGCCGGUCGUGACCCGCCUGAAGGAAGAAGCGGGCUUAGCCUGA